AUGUCUCAAUUCGGAGAGUUUUAUGAUACAUAUCUGGUUGAGAAUAACCAACAAUAUGAUACCGACUUGAAUAAUUCUACAAAUACACCAAUUGUACAAUCAAAACAACGAAAUGAUAAUAUAAUUCCAAGUAUAAAUAUUAAACAGGAAGAUUUCGAUUCAGUAUUGAGUGGCUCAUUAGAUGUGAAGAAGCAGUUAUCACUGUCACUAAAUACCGCAGGAGUAGGAAUUGGUAGUAGCUAUGGAAAUGGAGGAAUAUCCAAACCACAAUCCAGAAGAAACUCUACCUAUAUCAAGUCUCACGAAGGAAGUGACAAUGAAGAUGAGGACGAUCAGAAUGAUAAAGAUGUUGGCAACGAAAGGAAACGUCGGGACAACAUCAAUGAUAAAAUCCAAGAGUUGCUAACAUUGAUACCCUCAGAGUUUUUCCAAAGCAACACAGAUAAUAAUACUAAAACGGGAACUAAAGUAGUUAAAGAGAACAGCCCCGAAGACGAUGCGGUCAAAAACUCUGGUACAAAAGACGGGAAACCAAACAAGGGACAAAUUUUAACCAAGUCUGUGGAGUAUUUGCAAUAUUUACAGAACCUUAUUGAUGAAAAUAAUAGAAAAGAGGUUGAACUAAUCAUGCGAUUAAAGACCUUAGAGCUCAAGGCUGCCAAUAGACCGUCAGAAAAUAUUCCAAUCAGAAUCGGUUAUACGAGUGCAGAAAAAGCACUUGGAGAAAUUGGGGUUGGCCCAUGUUCUGAGGAAUAUUUCAAGAACGUGUUAAUCAAAAGUGCAUCCACAAGUAAAUCAGGUAGACGGGGAAGUACGAGUGGAUAA